UCACAGAGGAGGAGAGUCACAGGGAGAGAGAGAGGUGGGAGCAGCGACAGGGUGCCGUCGUUGUCCACGAAGGACCGUGACAGUCCGGAGCGGCAGGAGUUAGAGGAGGAGGAGAAGAGGACUGUUAGCAGACUCCUCUGCCCACACCUCAAACACAAAACCUCCCCCGCUACGGAAACAUGCGAUGUGACAGAGAUUUGCGCGUCCGUGCUUCACUUGUGCCUUUGCAAACACCUUCAGGGAGUUCACAUGUUCACGCGCGUCGACGAGGAGGUCAUGUUUAGGCGCAGAUGAGCGGCAGAGCCUCGCGGAGUUUGGAUGUUUGUUUCCUAGCUUUGAGGACAUUUUUCUUAAAGAAGCGGGAGAAAACAGUGACGAAAGGAGUACCGCGAAUGUAGUCUUCAGGGGGAAAGCGAAACACUGUAGCCUACCAGGCAGUGUCUUCCUGCGGUCAGCCUCCUCCUCCUGUGAGUCUAUGUUUUGUGUCUCGUAGUGAGUGCGUGGUGAAAGUCAAGGGAGGAUGCAGGUGAAGAAGCACUCGGACCGGAGCAGCGGGGACAUGCUGGGGGGAGACGGCCCCCGUAAAAACUCUUCAUGCUUCUCAAAUAUCAAGAUAUUCUUGAUAUCGGAAUGCGCCCUCAUGUUGGCACAGGGGACCGUCGGAGCAUACCUGGUGAGUGUGCUGACCACCCUGGAGCGGCGGUUCAACCUGCAGAGUGCUGACGUGGGAGUGAUAGCCAGCAGCUUUGAGAUAGGAAACCUGGCCCUUAUCCUGUUUGUCAGCUACUUUGGGGCCAAAGCACAUCGGCCCCGUCUGAUUGGCUGCGGUGGAAUCGUCAUGGCACUUGGGGCUCUUCUCUCAGCCCUGCCUGAGUUUCUGACUAAUCAAUAUGAGAUUGGGGAAUUGUGGAGGACUGACGUGGGUCGGGAUGUUUGCUCCAACAUCAGCAGCAGUGCCGCUCAGCGUGCUGAGGAGGCUGUAUGCGCCAAUAAGGCCAACACUAACAUGAUGUAUCUGCUGCUCAUUGGGGCCCAGGUCCUGCUGGGGAUUGGGGCCACACCUGUGCAGCCUCUGGGCGUGUCCUACAUUGAUGAUCACGUGAAGAAGAAAGACUCCUCUCUAUAUAUAGGUAUCCUUUUUUCCACUCUAGUGUUCGGGCCUGCCUGUGGCUUCAUCCUCGGCUCCCUCUGCACUAAGUUCUACGUGGAUGCCAUCUUCAUCAACACCAGUCAGCUGCACAUCACUCCAGACCACCCUCGGUGGAUCGGAGCCUGGUGGGCGGGCUUCCUCCUGUGUGGUGCCUUACUCUUUUGCUCCGCUAUCCUGAUGUUUGGUUUCCCUCAGUCUCUGCCAACAAAGGAAAGAGAGGACGGGGCUGAGAGUGAGCAAGUUAUGCUUCCUCCUUCUCUCAAUUCAGACUUUGAGACUCCAAAGUCCAGCAACGGGCUCAUACGCAACCACGAGCCUGCCAACAGCCCCACCUGCUGUCAGCAGCUGAGGGUGAUCCCCAAGGUCACCAAACACCUCCUGUCCAAUCCUGUGUUCACCUGCAUCAUCCUGGCAGCCUGUAUGGAGAUUGCCGUCGUAGCUGGCUUUGCAGCCUUUCUGGGGAAAUACCUCGAGCAGCAGUUCAACCUCACCACCACCUCAGCAAACCAGCUACUAGGUAUGACAGCCAUUCCCUGUGCAUGUCUGGGGAUCUUCAUGGGCGGUCUCCUGGUAAAGAAGCUGAACCUGUCGGCACUCGGGGCCAUCCGCAUGGCCAUGUUGGUCAACCUGAUCUCCACGGCAUGCUACGUCUCCUUCCUGUUCCUAGGCUGCGACACGGGUCCUGUGGCUGGUGUGACGGUCGCAUAUGGCAAUGAGACUCUGAGGGAAGGGGAGAAACCAGUAGCUCAGUGCAUCAGUCAGUGCAACUGCUCCACUUCCUCCAUCAGCCCUGUGUGUGGAGCCAACGGAAUCACCUACCUGUCUGCCUGCUUUGCUGGCUGCACCCAGUCAGGAAGAUCUCAGAUCUCAUCCUCCAUCUCUCAGAAUCUAACAGGAUGUUCUUGUGUUUCUGCUGGGAGUGAAUUCACCACUGCAACUCCGGGAAAAUGUCCGAUGCCAGGCUGCCAGGAGGCUUUCCUCAUCUUCCUGUGUGUGAUCUGUGCCUGCAGCCUGGUCGGAGCCAUGGCCCAGACUCCCUCUGUUAUCAUCCUGAUCAGGACGGUGAGCCCUGAACUGAAAUCCUACGCACUUGGAGUGUUGUUUCUUUUGCUGCGUCUCCUUGGCUUCAUACCCCCUCCUCUGAUCUUCGGUGCUGGGAUUGACUCCACCUGCCGCUUCUGGAGCACAGACUGUGGCGACAAGGGUGCUUGUCUGCUGUAUGACAAUGCAAAGUACAGGCACCUAUACGUGAGCCUUGCCAUCAUUUUGAAGGGUGUGGCUUUCCUCCUCUACACCACUACCUGGUAUUGUUUACGCAGGAACUACAAGAAGUACAUCAAAAGUCACGAGGGUCACCUGACACCCACAGAGUUUUACCCAUCGCUAACGGAAGGCCCCAAAAUAGUGGACAGGACAAAAUUUAUAUAUAACCUAGAGGACCAUGAGUUUUGUGAAAAUAUGGAGUCAGUUUUAUAGUCAUUAUAGAGGAAAAGGACAAAAAGAACAUUUACACUAUCUCAAAGGAAUAUUUGACGAUUUUUCUCUUGAAAAGAAGAUUUUUUAUGAUAAAGGCAAUCUAUUUAAGGCUUUGUUCAGGUCAAAGGGGGAGUUGCUCCAUGUUUUUGGCAAACUUUCAAAGGGGUCCAUUUAGUCAUUUUCUGAUGUGUGGAGUUGCCCGUGAACUCCUGUGUUGACUCUGGUGUUCUAGACAUCUACAGCACUGAUUCGCUCAGUCCUAGCUGAUUGUUAGCGAGUGGACAUGAUGUUACUUCAACUGUAGCUGCCAUAUUGUUUUAGGUCUGUCAUGAUUCCAGUGGAUUGUUUGAAAAAUUAUGAUUUCUUUUCAGUCAGUGCACUGUGUGUUCUGUCUGUCACUUGUUCAGAAAUGAGAUUUUUAUCAUUAAAAAAGUCUUGGUGGUUCCUCUGUUACUCAUAUUUAAAGUUGCCAAGUGUUUACAAACCAAUACUGUAGUAUUAUGUAAAUGCAGGAAGGUUCCGUAUAAAAAGAGAACAGAAUACCCAAUCUGGGUUGUAAUAGUGGCCUAUAGAUGUUUUUAAAUGUCCAAAAAUCAAAUAACUUUAAACCAGAUGUUUCUAUGUCAGGAUACGUUCGUUCUCUUGCUGGAUAACAGGCACUGUUAUUAAUACUGUUUAGACUAGACUGUGAAGUCUUGUCUCAUAGGUGAAAAUGUGCAAUUUGUGUCUGAGACGUCCAUGUUUUUGACUAGUCUUUGUGUCAGACAGCAGGUUUCUUUGUCAGUUUGUUUCAUUUCUAUGUUUGUUUUACAUCUGCAGAGUUUAUUCAGCCUAAUAUGUCUUAAUAAGGAUUAAUAGGGAUUAUUCAAAGAAGAAUGCUUGUCGUAUUUCCUUUGGCUUUUGCACAAAGAAGAAAAUUAGUAAUAUUUGUAUGUUUGGAAUUCAAGUAAAAAGAAAAGAGGAGUAAUAUAUUUGUUCUAUUAGGGCCCAGGAUGUUAUAUUAGAUUGUAUUUGAGAAGGCCAUAUAAAUGAUAUAUAAUCUAAUUAUUUGAGAUGUGUAUGUUUGAUGUCACAGAAGAUUUGGGACAAUUCAUAGAAAUGAAAGUAGUUUGUUCAAUUAAAGAACAGAUUGUCUUUAAACUAGGCCUGUAAUAUUAAGACACUAGUUAGUCAAAGGAACAGGAAGCUCUGUGUGUUAAACAGCAUCAAGAACCCACUGGAUUUAUUUCUAUGAAGAAAUCUUUGAUACAGCACACGUGUCCUGUUACUUCACUGAUAUCUCUGCAGUUUUGACAUUGUCCCUUUUCUUACACUUUUUGUAUGGCAAUAUAUGGUUUAUUUUACUCUGGAAAUAAAUUAUUUUUCAGAAAACAAA